AUGGUCGGCCUACUGGGUCCGGACUUCCUCUUUGGCAUCGCAAUAGGUCAACUAUCCAGUGCCAGGAGAAGCGUCAAGGCAGACCGAAAACUUUCCAAGGGUAUGAAAUGGACUUAUCGACAUGCAUUCUUCGUCGAUAUGGGCGGGAUUUUUCUCACCAGCCCAGACUUUCCUGAGGGGUUUCCGAUAAAUGCGCAACAAUUUCAUUACCUCAUCAAGCACGAUUACAUCGAUUUCCCGAACAUGGACGAAAUGCACAUCUCGGAAAGAAAUUCGGCCGAUACACUGUCGAGAUUGAUCACCAUGUGGCAAGUCCUUUGGUUUUCAAUUGCAGAGAUACAACGGGCCAGGACUGGAUUGCCAUUGACAACGCUAGAAUUGACAGCGUUGUCAUACGCUUUCGUUAUCAUCAUCACUUCAGUCUGCUGGUAUCGCAAACCCGCCAUCACACAUCCAAGAAAUGUCCCCACAAAGAAUGACAAGACAAUCGACGAGAUUCGUGCAGCCAUUAAAGAGACGACUCACCCUAACCUAGAUCUCGGAGUAUGGUACAGAACUCCGGUAGACUUCCUGAGCGGUCCACGUUGGCGGAUUGAAGCGCACUGGUCUUACUACGUACGAUUGUCAGAGAUCUUGCACAUACCACUUGUGUCGAGAAGGAUGAAUUCGCGGCCAUGGAAUCGUUUCCCCUCUGAUAUGUGGCUACCUCCAGACUUGUUCUACACACCCUACGGCUGCUUUAUCUUGCUCUGGUUCAGUGCCUCGUUCCUGAUCGCAUGGAACUUCCAGUUCCCUACUGAAGUCGAACAGCAGCUAUGGCGAGCUUGUAGCGUCUAUUGUGCCGUCUUUAUGAUAUAUGGCUUUGUUUACUACGUCAUAUCUUGGUACAUGUGGAAAAAGGCCAUUGAAGGGAAUGGUGUACCUAGGUCUAGGCCGGGUCCUAGAUCGGUCCGAAAAGCACCUCUUAACCCGACCACUUUACUCAGUGGUGAUCAAGAGCAAGCUAUCGAUACUGACACAGUGAUACUUGAGGCUAGGAGCUGCCCAAAGGGUCCUAUGCGGGUCAUUCACCGACUGCUCGCCGUUCUGGGGCGGAUGAGGAACAUUUCCAUUGAUAAAGACCCUGAGAUGGCUGUACCACUACACGUCAUGAUUCCGGUAACAAUCACUUGUGUUGUCUAUACGUUUUGCCGCCUGUUUCUCUACGUUGAGGAUUUCCUGUCAUUGAGAACACAACCGAUUGGGGUAUAUUAUACUGUAAACAAGUUCAUUCCUUUCCUCGGAGACUAG